CUGAAUCAGAGCCAGGAACUGACAUGGGCUUGCCAGACAAUAGCUGAUGCUUGUCUAGACGAGAGUUUUCCUUCUGCCACUAUUUUAGCUGACCAAUUGGUGUCUGACACUUUAAGCGGCUGCAGGUCCUCGGACUUCAGUUAGUUUUGCGAUCUUGAACUAUUUCGUCCGACGUAGAUCAACAAAUUUCGAGAGAAACUGUGCGCCGUUUUGGCGCUUCGAGCCUGAACCAUGUCGUCGUUAAGCCGAGAGCUAGUGUUCCUGAUACUACAAUUUCUCGAUGAAGAGAAGUUCAAGGAAACUGUUCACAAGCUGGAGCAGGAGUCGGGUUUCUUCUUCAACAUGAAGUAUUUCGAGGACCAGGUGGUGGCGGGCGAGUGGGAGGAGGUGGAGCGGUACCUGGCGGGGUUCACCAAGGUGGACGACAACCGCUACUCCAUGAAGAUCUUCUUCGAGAUCCGCAAGCAGAAGUACCUCGAAGCGCUCGACAAGCAAGAUAGAGCCAAGGCUGUAGAGAUCCUGGUGAAGGACCUCAAGGUUUUCGCGUCGUUUAACGAGGAGCUCUAUAAGGAGAUUACUCAGCUUCUGACAUUGGACAAUUUCCGGGAGAACGAGCAGCUGAGCAAGUACGGCGACACCAAGUCGGCGCGCAACAUCAUGCUGCUGGAGCUGAAGAAGCUCAUCGAGGCCAACCCACUCUUCCGCGACAAGCUGCAGUUCCCCAACCUCAAGAACUCACGCCUGCGCACGCUCAUCAACCAGAGUCUCAACUGGCAGCACCAGCUGUGUAAGAACCCUCGCCCCAACCCCGACAUCAAGACCCUCUUUGUGGACCACACCUGUGGGCCUGCGCCCAACGGCGGCCGCACCCAGCCGCAGCAGCCAGCCCCGCCUAACUCGCUUCUGUCUGCUGUUCAGCAGCAACAGCAGCAGCAGCAGCAGCAACAGCAGCAGCAGCAAGUGCCGCCAAAGGCCCAUCCGUUUCCGCUGGGCCCAGUGGGCGUGGGCGUGGUGGGGCAUACGCAACCGCUGCAGCCGUUUCAGCCCGGGGGCCCAUCAGCCUCCGCCUUGGCGGGGUGGAUGGGUGGACAGCCGCCUGCAGCUGCGCCUCCCCCACAUGCCGUGGUGCCACCGCCCCCUGCCAACCUGCCGCCAGGGCCUAACCCAGCAAUGCUGAAGCGGCCGCGCACGCCGCCAGGCAACCCAGUGGCAGUGGAGUAUCCGGGCACAGGGGACUCGGACAUGGUGCUCAAGCGGCAGAGGGGCGGCAUGGACGAGGUUUACGGCCAAGUCCCACCCAAUCAACAGCCGCCACCUGUCCCAGGAGCAGUCCCAGGGCCCCCAGUGCCAGCGAUUGGGGGAAACGUAGCAGGGGCAGGCCUAGGCAGCGCUGUGACAGCAGCAGCCGCAGCAGCGGCAGCGGCUGCUGCAGCAGCAGCGGGGGGACAGGGGCCGGUGGCGUUGGGAGCAGGGGUGGGCGCAGGGGGUGGGUAUUCCGUGGAGGAUUUGCCCAAGGCGAUUGCGAGAAAUCUGAACCAGGGGUCGUGUGUGAUGACCAUGGACUUCCACCCCUACCAGCCCACGCUGCUGCUUGUGGGCAGCAACACGGGAGACGUGGCUAUCUGGGAGGUGGGGUCGCGGGAGAAGGUGGUGGACCGGCCGUUCAAACUGUGGGACCCGCAGCAGUGCUCGCCUCAGUUCCAGACUCUGUGGAUGAAGGAUCAGACCAUCGCCGUGAAUCGGGUCAUCUGGGAGCCAAACGGCCAACUCUUUGGGGCGGCGUUCUCAAAGCACAUGGUGCACAUUUACACGUACCAGAACCCAAGCAGCAUGGGGCAACACCUGGAGAUCGACGCCCAUGUGGGUGGUGUGAACGACCUGGCGUUCUCUCACCCCAACAAGCAGCUGUGCAUCAUCACAUGCGGCGAUGACAAGACCAUCAAGGUGUGGGAGGCGAGCAGCGGGCGCAAGCUCUACACCUUUGAGGGCCAUGAGGCGCCUGUGUACUCUGUGUGCCCGCACCACAAGGAGAACAUCCAGUUCAUCUUCUCGACGGCCAUCGACGGCAAGAUAAAGGCUUGGCUGUAUGACCACCUGGGGUCGCGAGUGGACUAUGACGCCCCGGGCAAGUGGUGCAGCACCAUGGGGUACUCGGCGGAUGGCACGCGUCUCUUCUCCUGCGGAACAAGCAAGGAGGGCGAAACUUCUCUGGUGGAGUGGAACGAGAGCGAGGGCGCCAUCAAGCGCAGCUACCUGGGUUUCCGCAAGCGCUCGCUGGGUGUGGUGCAGUUUGACACCACGCGCAACCGCUUCCUCGUGGCGGGCGACGAGUACCUCAUCAAGUUCUGGGACAUGGACAACACUGCCGUGCUCUGCACUCUAGAUGCUGAUGGUGGUCUGCCUGCGAGUCCGAGGGUGCGUUUCAACCGGGAGGGUUCGCUCCUGGCCGUGACGGCAGCGGACAAUUCAGUGAAGAUUCUCGCCAACGACAUGGGCCUGCGCCUCCUGCGCAACCUCGAGGCCGCUGCUGCCACCGCCGCUGCGGCUGCUGCUGCCGCGGCCGCUGCAGCAGCUGCUGCUUCUCAGAGGCCUGUGGACACCAAGCCGUUACCACAAGCCCUGCCCCAGCCCCCCUCACAGCAGCAGCAGCAGCAAGCAGUGCAGGCAGCAGCAGCUGCAGCAGCAGCCGCCGCUGCUGCUGCUGCGGCUCAGGCGUCCCAGCAACCACCCCCAUCCCAACCGCCCUCAGUACAGCAGCAGCAUCAGCAACAGCAGCAGCAGCUCCAGCAGCAGCAGCAACAGCAACAGCAGCAGCAGCAACAGCAGCAACAGCAGCAGCAGCAACAGCAACAGCAACAGCAGCAGCAACAACAGCAACAGCAGCAGCAGCAGCAGCAGCAGGUUGAUAGGUCAUCCCCUGCUUCAGCCCUUACGGCAUCGAGGCUCCAGGAGGAUGGGUCCGAUAAGAAGGGCUGGAAGCUCACUGAAUUCUUAGAGCCCUCACAGGUUCGUGCCGCCCGCCUGCCGGACAGUCUGCCGCCCAGCAAGGUGCUUCGUCUGAUCUACACCAACGCGGGCGUGGCGCUGCUGGCGCUGUCAGGCAACGCGGUGCACAAGCUGUGGAAGUGGCAGCGGUCCGACCGCAACCCUAAAGGAGUGGCCACCGCCAGCUCAGUACCCCAGCUAUGGCAGCCGGCCAGCGGCAUCAUGAUGACCAACGACACGGGCGAUGCGAGCUCGGACGACCGGGACGGCGCGCACCCCAUAGCAUGCAUUGCGCUCUCCAAGAACGACUCCUACGUCAUGUCGGCCUCGGGGGGCAAGGUGUCGCUCUUCAACAUGCUCACUUUCAAGGUGAUGACGACGUUCAUGGCGCCUCCCCCAGCAGCCACCUUCCUGGCGUUCCACCCGCAGGACAACAACAUCAUUGCCAUUGGCAUGGACGACGCAACCAUCCAGAUCUACAACGUCCGGUUGGAUGAGGUGAAGAGCAAGCUGAAGGGACAUAGCAAGCGCAUCACGGGGCUUGCCUUCUCCAACGCGCUCAACAGCCUUGUGUCCUCCGGGGCUGACUCGCAGCUCUUCCUGUGGAGCACGGACGGGUGGGAGAAGAGGAAAUCCCGGCCUCUGGCCCUGCCGUCCCGCUCGUCCCCCUCAGCUCUAGCAGACACGCGGGUGCAGUUCCACAACGACCAGCAGCGCCUGCUGGUGGCGCACGAGUCCCAGCUCGCCAUCUACGACGCCAGCAAGCUCGACCGGCUCCGGCAGUGGGUGCCCAGAGACCUGGGCCCGCUGUCAGCGCCCAUCACGGCUGCGGCAUACUCGUGCGACUCAUCGCUGGUGCUGGCAGCCUUUGCGGAUGCCACUGUGUGUGUGUUCGACGGGGAUAGCCUCCGGCCACGGUGUCGCGUUGCUCCUUCGGCAUAUGCUCCCUCUGUCGGGCCGGGUCUCGUGGUGCCUAUGGUGGUGGCAGCACACCCCCAAGACCCCAACCAGUUCGCCUUGGGUCUGAGCGAUGGUUCGGUGCAUGUGCUAGAGCCCUCAGAUUCAGAUGGCAAGUGGGGCCCUCCCCUGCCUGCUGAGAAUGGCUCAGGAGCUGGUACCAUGUCGACUGGUGGUGGAAGUGGAGGGGUGGACCGAUAAGGGCUACUGAUGGGGGACCGUAGGUUCUGGCAUCGACCUGGAUUAGAACAGAUUAUUUAGUGGGAAAAUAGAGGCGCUGAGCUUGGUUUAUAAGAGAGCUCAGCACGUGAUAAAAUGAGGGGUUAAAUGCAGUCAGUUGGCCCUUCACCAGCUGCCCUCUGUUUUGAAUGAAAGUAAAAUUGAUCUGUUGUUCUUUACUCACAGAACAG